AUGUCAGAUGCGGCCAUGGACACCAGCUCUGAGAACACCACCAAGGACUUGAAGGAGAAGAAGGAAGUUGUGGAGGAGGCAGAAAAUGGAGGAGAUGCACCUGCCAAUGGCAAUGCUAAUGAGGAAAAUAGGGAGCAGGAGGCCGACAAUGAGGUAGAUGAAGAAGAGGAAAAAGGUGGGGAGGAAGAGGAGGAUGAGGAAGAAGGUGACGGUGAGGAAGAGGAUGGAGAUGAAGAUGAGGAAGCUAAGGCUCCUAUGGGCAAGCGUGUAUCUGAGGAUGAUGAGGAUGAUGUUGACACCAAGAAGCAGAAGACUGAGGAGGAUGACUAG